AAUCUGCACACAUCGUCCUGUCACAGCUGGAGUUGUUGGGGAUUUUUGUGCAAAAAAAAAAAAAAAAAAAAAGCAACAAAAAAACAGCCGCAGUGAGUUCGGAGGUGUUGUGGAUGGUUUUGAUGCAGCGUUAGAAAAGGAGCCGGAUGACUACGGAAGCUACGCGAAUAUCACACAUGUAGCUGCUUUGGGUGUCAAUAUUUUCCUUCCCCGACCAACGCAGCCGUCGGGGAGGGGGGAGACAGAGAAAUACAGGUUGCUUUAAAAACAAAACUACAUAGGCGAAACCUUUAGCAUGAACGAGGCCGUGGAAACUAGCCGUGCUACAGCGCGGGCGACCUUUUCGGACACGCGGAGUUUGGCUUCAUGUCACGGGCAGCAGUGAGACGCGAGCCCCGGGCUUUGUGGAGAUGGUGAUUAGUCUGUCUGUCCGGCCUCCGUUUGAGGUGAAAGUCAAGCUUUUUUUGGUGUUUUACUGAGUAACAUUCUGGCUUACACUUUGUGACGUGACAUAGUUGAAGACGAGAGAGUGGAUCAAAACAAAACCUGCGUGUAAAAGGAGGAAAUAAAAAAAAAAAAAAAAGCUCAAGCGAGGUUCGGCGGCCUGGGUGUCGUCAGCAGCGGCAUCCUGCUCCCCCCCUCUCUGACAGCAACAAAAAAAUCUGCUUUUGGACUUAUAAGUUCUACACCACAAACUCUUUUUGAACCAGAACACUGGGUAGAUGUGGGUUCCGGAUCCACGGCUCGGACUAAGGAUCUAGACUAGUUUUGUUUUUUCUCCCCCAUAGCUCCACUUCUUCCUCCUCCCUCCCUGGACCCCCUUUUCCCUUUUUCUUGCGGGAAGAUGGGUUGUUUGGGCAACAGUAAGACUGAAGACCAGAGAAAUGAGGAGAAGGCACAAAGAGAAGCAAACAAGAAGAUAGAAAAGCAGCUUCAAAAAGACAAGCAGAUAUACAGAGCGACGCACAGGCUACUACUUUUAGGGGCUGGAGAGUCAGGAAAGAGCACGAUAGUGAAACAGAUGAGGAUCCUGCAUGUUAACGGCUUCAAUGCAGAGGAGAAGAAGCAGAAAAUUCAGGAUAUCAAGAAUAAUAUUAAAGAGGCUAUUGAGACCAUAGUAACGGCUAUGAGCAAACUGACACCGCCGGUGCAGCUGGCGUGCCCAGAGAACCAGUACCAUAUUGAAUAUGUCCUCAGUCUCGUCGGCCAGAAGAACUUUGAUUUUCCGUCUGAGUUUUAUGACCAUGCAAAGGCACUGUGGCAAGACGAGGGUGUCAAGGCCUGCUUUGAGAGAUCCAACGAGUACCAGCUAAUCGACUGUGCACAAUACUUUCUAGAUAAGAUUGACAUUGUGAAACAAAGUGAUUACACUCCAACAGAUCAGGAUUUGCUGCGAUGCAGAGUACUGACUUCAGGGAUCUUUGAGACAAGAUUCCAAGUGGACAAAGUUAAUUUCCAUAUGUUUGAUGUUGGCGGUCAAAGAGAUGAACGGCGGAAAUGGAUCCAGUGCUUUAACGAUGUAACAGCCAUCAUCUUUGUGGUGGCCAGUAGCAGUUACAACAUGGUGAUCAGAGAAGACAAUCAGACCAACCGUCUGCAAGAGGCCCUCAACCUCUUCAAGAACAUCUGGAAUAACAGGUGGCUGCGGACCAUUUCGGUCAUCUUGUUCCUAAAUAAACAGGACCUGCUGGCAUUGAAAGUGCUGGCAGGGAAGUCCAAAAUUGAGGAAUAUUUUCCUGAAUUUGCUCGCUACACCACACCCGACGAUGCCACACCAGAACCUGGAGAACAUCCACGUGUUACAAGAGCAAAAUACUUCAUACGAGAUGAAUUUCUACGGAUCAGCACAGCAAGCGGAGACGGGCGGCAUUACUGUUACCCCCACUUCACCUGUGCCGUGGACACAGAAAACAUCCGCCGUGUCUUCAACGACUGUCGAGACAUCAUCCAGCGGAUGCACCUCCGGCAGUACGAGUUGUUGUGAUGCAGAGGAACGGUGUUUAGGCCAAAAACACAAAGAAGAUUGGACUAUUUAAAAAAACAAAAAAAAAAACACCACCAACAACAACAAAACUGAAUCCUGAGUCUCUGAACUUUUGUCUUCUGAAGACAUGUCUCAGCUCUUGUGAAGAAACAGAAAUCUGGGGGCCAAAAUGACAACACACUCUUACUUAGAGAAAACUCUGAACUUCUCCUAAUGCAUCCUCCUGAACUGCACUGGUGGAAGGGUUCGAUCCGUGAACAGUCUCUUCAGCCAUGGCCCUGACACGAGUGUUGUCCCACACGUUGACUCUGCUUUUACAAAAAAAAAAGAAAGAAAACCCCUCUGAAUUUGUGUCUGACCCGAGUGGUCCAGGCCAGGCUCUUUUUUUUUUUCCUUGUCUGCUUGAGCUGCGGUUGAGAUGCAAGAUAAAAAGUGACAGAGCCACUGCUAAAAUUCUGCAGGUGGACAGUGAAGCCUGGCUGAAUGCAGUAUCUAACUACAAACCUUGAAACGCUGCACAAGUGCUGUGCGAGCGUGUGGACACGUGCCACCCAUCUCUCCCAUUUUACACAGACACACGCUUUUCACUGGACUUCACCGCUGCCGGGACGCAGAGACCGCAAACAUAUUAAUGUGUCCGGUGCAUCGGCCCAAGACUGAGCAGCAGGUUGAGGUCAGCAGCUGCAUGUUCCGGUGACACCACACAGACAGACAGCGCGGCGUUGGCGCGUCACACUAUGGGGUCAAGUCCCGUGUUGGACUUCAGAGGUAUUUGAGAAGAACAAGGACGACGUUGAUGCUGGACUUCUUCACGGGCUUGUUUUGCCACUUGACUUUGCCUUGAUGGCGAUGAAGCAUAACAUUAGGAGGCUAUAAUUCAUAAAGAAAAAAAAAUAAAAAGCCAACGUCUCUGGAACUUAAACGGGUGACACGAAGCGUCCGUCUUCAGUACAGAACCAUAUAAAUUAAAGAGAAUUCUCGCCAUGGUUGACCCUGUUUUACCGUCUCCACAGCUGUUUUCGUCUGUGUAGACUUUGUGCCAUUGUGCUCUGUGCGCUCUUUUCUUUCUCUUACUCUACCAUUCACUCCUUUUUUGUGCCGGCAUUCUCAUUUUAUUUUCUCUCCUCCUUCACACCUUCACUGGCAGUAUCUGUUUAAGGGCAAAUUAGAUAUUAUUAUCCAGCAAUUUAAAGAUGAAAGACAACAAAUGGGACAGGUUCUUUUUUUUUCUUCUUUUUUUUUUUAAUCUCAUGGCCACGCCUCCCUUCAUCUUUCCUCCCCGGCCUCCUGCUCCUUUGUAUGUCCGUCUUUACUUUACUGCUGAAUUAUUAUUCUUGUACAGACUGUAAAAUGUAUUAUUUUGUACAACUUUACUGAAGAAAAAACUUUUAGAAGAUCCCUGUGCCUUGAUCACGACUGUACGUGUGUAAUGAGCUAAAGUGGGUGUCAUACUGCGCUGUAUAGCUUGGCCAAUCCCCUUCCUACCUCCCUCACAUCAUCUCGCCAUCUUUGUCACUCUCGCUUUUCUCGCCCUGUUCUCGCACAGCCGGAGGACAACCAUGCACAGCUUUUGUACUUUUAUUUCUAACACCCACCCACCCCCGUCCCAUUUUCUCUUUGAUUUAAAUGUCUAUUUUUGAAUCCAUACACCCCAAAAAGAUAUAUGAAAUAUAUAUGGGUUUGAAAAAAAGUAUUUUAUUAGAAUGAAAUGAACCUUACGAAAUUGUACACUUGAUAGUGUGCAUAUUGCUAUAACUUAAAUCCGUUCAACUGACAUUGUGUUCAGGUUUCUUUCAUUUUCAUUGACAUUUUGAUGGGUUAAAGAGAAGUGUUUACUUUUUGAUUUCCUUCAAACUUUUUUUGCUUUAAAGUAAAGGUGAUGAGAAAUACUCAAAUGCAAAACAUCACUUGUUUCUAUACAAAUUCAUUUCUUUUGCUAAUGAAAUACAAAAUAUGAUAUAAAAAUAAAUAUGUGAUGAGG